AUGUAUAUGAGUCUGAAAAGAGAAGGGGAGCCCUCUGCUGGAGUUCAGGACUCGUUUUGUGGAUUUUUAGGAUGUGGUCUGAACUAUCACAAGCGAUGCGCCUUUAAGAUCCCUAACAACUGUAGCGGUGUGAGGAAGAGACGUCUUUCCAAUGUGUCUCUGCCCGGCCCGUCGCUGUCCGUUCCUCGUCCUGCUCCAGCAGAGCUUGCUGCCGUGAGCCUGGAAGAGCAGCGCCCUCAUCAGGAGCCAGGAAAGCGGAUACCAUCAUGGAGCGGCCGGCCAAUCUGGAUGGAGAAGAUGGUGCUGGGGCGGGUGAAGGUCCCUCACACCUUCGUCAUUCAUACCUACACGCGCCCAACCAUCUGUCAGUACUGCAAACGGCUGCUCAAAGGGCUUUUCCGCCAGGGCAUGCAGUGCAAAGACUGCAAGUUCAACUGCCACAAGCGGUGUGCGUACAAGGUCCCAAACGACUGCUUAGGGGAGACUCUCGGUAAUGAGUACAUAUUAAGUCCAAGCACAGACACGGAGGUGCCGAUGGACUACAGUAAUGAGUAUUCUGACACUGAUAAGUCAUCUCUAAUGGACGACUCAGACGAGGCCUGCAGUAUCCCCGGGUCUUUCUCCCCAGACAGCAACCAGGAUGGAGCCAGUGGAGACCAAAGUGCUAAUAUUCCUCUGAUGAGAGUAGUGCAGUCGAUCAGGCAGACCACACGUCGUUCUAGCACAGCCAUCAAGGAGGGCUGGAUGGUGCACUACAGCAACAAGGACACACUGAGGAAGAAACACUACUGGCGCCUGGACUGCAAGUGCAUCAUCCUAUUUCAAAACGACACCACCAACAAAUACUACAAGGAGAUCCCGCUCUCCGAAAUCCUGGAGGUCUGUCCGGCAGGUGAUUUCUCUCUGGUCCCUCCAGGCACAAGCCCCCACUGCUUCGAGAUCAUGACGGGUACCAUGAUCUACUUUGUUGGUGAAGACCCCAACACCACCCCGUCUCCGUCAUCCAAUGUCUCUGGUCUGCCCAUCUCCACCAUCCCCAGCUGUGUUGCGCCCAACAGUGGGGUGGGACGAGAGUUUGCCAAAGGAUGGGAGACUGCGAUACGUCAAGCCCUCAUGCCAGUCAUCUUCCAGGACAACCCUCCAGCAGAAGGUCAUGUUCCUCACCGGCAGGCAUCAGUCAGCAUCUCGGUGUCUAACAGUCAGAUUCAGGAGAAUGUGGACAUUGGAAUGGUCUAUCAGAUCUUUGCUGAUGAGGUUCUGGGCUCUGGACAAUUUGGUGUAGUGUAUGGAGGAAAACACAGGAAAACUGGCCGGGAUGUAGCCGUAAAGGUGAUCGACAAGCUCCGGUUCCCCACCAAGCAGGAGAGCCAGCUGAGGAAUGAAGUAGCCAUAUUGCAGAGCCUGAGACACCUGGGUAUAGUGAACCUCGAAUGCAUGUUUGAGACGCCGGAAAAGGUGUUUGUGGUGAUGGAGAAACUUCAUGGUGACAUGCUCGAGAUGAUCUUGUCGAGUGAGAAAGGACGACUUCCUGAGAGGCUCACCAAGUUCCUCAUUACGCAGAUUUUGGCUGCUCUGAGGCACCUUCACUUCAAAAACAUAGUGCACUGUGACCUCAAGCCCGAGAAUGUGCUGUUAGCAUCAGCAGAUCCUUUCCCACAGGUGAAGCUUUGUGACUUUGGUUUUGCUCGCAUCAUCGGAGAGAAGUCUUUCCGUCGUUCGGUUGUUGGCACGCCGGCAUAUCUGGCCCCCGAGGUCCUGCUGAACCAGGGUUACAAUCGCUCUCUGGACAUGUGGUCUGUAGGUGUGAUUAUGUAUGUCAGCCUGAGUGGAACUUUCCCCUUCAAUGAAGAUGAAGACAUCAACGAUCAGAUCCAUAACGCCGCCUUCAUGUACCCACCCAACCCAUGGAAACAGAUCUCUCCAGAAGCCAUCGACCUCAUCAAUAACCUGCUGCAAGUGAAGAUGAGAAAACGCUACAGUGUGGACAAGAGUCUCAGCCAUUCCUAUCUACAGGAUUACCAGGCCUGGUUGGACCUCCGAGAGCUGGAGUCGAAGCUCGGGGAGCGCUACAUAACCCACGAGAGCGAUGACAGUCGUUGGCAGCAGUACGCCCGAGACCACACGCUGCCCUACCCUGCUCACCUGGUGCCCCCGCCACCCGCCUCCGACGACGACGAGCUCGAGGGAGCGGAGGACGCAGACAUGCAGGGGCUGACGGAGCGCGUUAGCAUCCUCUGAAGAAGAAACCGAGGAGAAUGAGAGGAAUGAAGAGUACCUGCUCGAACUCUAACGAUUUUUUUAGUGCACCAGGAGCGCAGGAAGGCCAUCUCUGACCUCUUUUCAGCCAGGACUGCUGCUGAUCUGUUUGCUGGGAUGCAGAUAUUAAGGUUGGGAAGGAACUGUUCAUUGUAGUUAUGUGCACAACAGAAACGGACUGUUUUUGGGUUCGACUUUCCCCUAACUAGACGUCUUUUUCAAGGUACGGUCACAUUUACCGGUAUUCUGCGUAUUUUCGUAGGCGAAACCCAGUCAGUUUAAUGGAAAAACACUCUAGAGGUAACUUAGGUUAGGACGAAAGAUUUCAUCAUGCAGAUUUCGCAACUGGUUCAAGUUGGUCGCACGUGUUCGCCACGUUUACCAAGAGACGGCUGCUUGGUUUGAAAGUGAAUUCUGUGUAAAUGGAACUUCAUAAACGGAAAGUUUGCUAAUGUGACCGUGCCUUUAGGGGACAGUAGAUACUGAGACGUGGUUUUUAAAAUUUUUAAUAUUUGCCACAUUUUAAAAACUUUUCAAGAAAUUUGAAAAAAAAACAGCACAAGAUGCGACACAAUGGCGAGAAACGUUUUUCUGAACGUGUCUUUCGUGGUGCUUUGAAGGCGAUGAAUAAACUAUGUUUAAAGAGUUUUAAUGGUCAAAACUAGGGUAUGGUCACAUUUACCGGUGCUCCUUACAAAAUAUGUGGCCGGAAUCCAGUCAUUUCAAUACGAAUCUUUAAAAUCGGGAGUUGUUACUUCAACAGACUGCAUUCAAGUUCGUGCGAAUUUGCCGCAAUGACCGAAAGAAAGUUGAAAAAAGACUUCUGUGUGAACGGUGCUUCAUGCACGGACAAUACUUUUUUUUUUCUUUUUUUUUGCACACAAAAUUUCACCCAAAUUUGUCAUUGUGACCUAAACUGCUAAAGCGCGACAUGCGUUUAACAUGCAAAUUAAAGUAGCGGAAAAAUCUGUAAAAACGUCAGUCGAUAAAUCAGCAUGACCCAUCCCUAGUUUGUUUCACGAUUGAUGUCAAGCCGAUAAUCUCCAGGUCACAGGCAGUGUAUUAAUAAUGAUACAAACGAAAAGGAAAAACAAAAAACGUAUCUAUUAAUCUGGACUUUUUUUUUUUCAUUUUUUGCUCUGUGGUUAGUUUCAGAUCCACUUUUGUUGCAUAUUACUGAGAACCUUUUUGCAAAAUAACCUGGAAGAAAUCGAAGAGUGGUGUUUUCCAGUAUCGUCAGUGAUUUGCCCUACAGGAACAGACAACUUCAACUCUGAGAAUGGAUGUUAUCUUAUGAGGACUGAUAAGCAGGCUGCCCCUCGGCCUUAUCAGCAUACAAAACGAUUGCACAAAGGCUACCUAGACCGAUCAGCCGCCGUUAGCUAGUCCUAGCUGUGCUCGAUGUGUAUCCUUAUUCCUAACUGACCCUAGACCUGAGCAUUAGGCUGCAUGUCACUGAGAAUUAGGUUUGCUUGAAACUUAUUGCUAUGAAGGACUUUUUUGUACACAUGUAACCUUAGAAAUUCUGAUGUAGUUUGUGGGAGGUAAUGUCGGAGCGUUUCCAGCUGGUAUAAUAAACACGGUGAUGCAUAAA